AUGGCCUCACCAUUCCUCUCUCCAUACGCAUUAGGCGAAACAGACACCGACCCGCUCCUCAUCACCGUCCGCUUCUCCGCCUCAAUCCCCGAUCUCCAAUUAGACGUCCCAGACCCCGAGACCACAACAGGCGCAGGCCUAAAGCAACUAAUCCGAGCGGAACUCCCCCAAACCCUAUCAUCCAACCGACUACGCCUCAUCUACGCCGGCCGCGGUCUCGAAGACACAGCCGCAUUAACAGUCUCACUAAAGCUCCCACCAUCACCAAGCCGGAGCCCUCGCCCCGCAGCAGACCAGCCAGAGACACCAGAUGAAAAUGGCAAAGGCAAGCAGCCGGUGCGCGAUACCCGCCCACGCCUCUACAUCCACUGCUCGAUCGGCGACAUUGCACUCUCAAAACAAGACCUAGCCAGCGAAGCAAGCGUGGCAUCCACAGUCCUUCUGCAGCAGAAGCAGCAGCAAGCCAACGCAGGCAAGAAAUAUCCCGCCAAGGAUACUUCAUCUCUACUCCCAACAUCUGCGCAACCGCACCGCCACCCCCAAACCCAGCCCCAGUCCCAGUCAACUACCACUACACCCGCACCCCGCGGCUUCGACCGCCUCCUCUCGGCAGGUUUCACAGCGGCCGAGGUUACCGCUCUGCGCUCCCAGUUUCUGGCCGUGCAGUCUGUUUCUCGAACGCCGGAUACUAUGCCUACUGGUGAUCAGCUGCGGGAUCUUGAAGAUCGCUGGAUGGAUGAGGGGUCGACGGCAGCGCAGAUGCAGGGUGGUCUUGGUGGGGAGGGGGGUGGCUUUGGGGAUGAUGAGGGCGGGAUUGGAUCUGGAUCGCGUGGGGCGAUGGAUGAUAUGCUUUGGGGGGCUGUUAUGGGGUUCUUUUGGCCUGUUGGUUGUGCGAUGUGGUUGCGCAGAGAGGAGGGAGUUUGGAGUUGGAGGAAGGGAGUUGCUGUUUGUGUGGGUGUUAUUGUAAAUGCUGUUUUUGGGGCGAUGAGGAUUAUGAACUGA